AUGCCGAUUUUGUCUUUCUUCGGCUCACCGCGGCUGUACGCGUUGUACAGCGGGCAAGAGCGGACAGAAAAUUACCUGGAAAGUUCCGGAAACACUGGAAUGUCUUUUGUCCGAGGUUUUUUUUUGAAACUAUAUGGAAUAUGUACUUUUCAGGCGUCUAUUACUUUGUAACUUCGCUGGCCUUUUCCCCCGUGAUAAUCGGCUACAUGUACUAUCGCGGCUAUAUGCAGCCCCAGCCAAUACUGACCUUGCUCCGAUACGUUGGCUACGUCGUUUUGGCAGCCUUCGGGUCGAGGUAGAACUUCAGAAAAAAAACCUUGUUUCGAAAGUCAAAUGAACGCAAAGCUUUAUUAUUAUUAUUCUUCUGAUGGAAAAGUUCUAAGUUUCUUUGAUCUGUGUAACGCCUUUCAAUUUUCGCUUUUGCAGUUUUUUAAAUCUUUUUUUUAUUUUCUGCAAAUUUUAGACUGAUUGGACGAGCCAUGGACCCUCAAUAUCGUCAGUUUUUGGAUGUCUGGGUGAAAGCCUCGCAAGGAGACCGAGAAAAACAACAGGUUUUUUUGAGAAGCGCUUUUUUCAUUUUGAAAUUGCUUUCAGGAGCUGAAACGCUUCGACUUCGAGAUUUACGGCGUUCAGCCGGAUUUCGAAGCAGUGCCCAACGACAAUCUGUGGUACCUGACAUGUGAAGAUAAUCAAGGUUAGCAAUAUCUAACGACUUUUUCAUUAUUUCUUAUGUCCUCACCGCCAAUAAUUCUUUUUUGAACUCUCAUGAUUCCAGCCAAUCCUUUUUUAGGACUAUUUCUUGACAUGGGUUUUCAGCCAAUUUCUUGGUCCGAGGGCUCUCUUAUUACGCGAUCCACGCUUUCGGUCGCCACAUGCUCUAUCCCGGCUCUUUGGCUUUUCUAAAUUGGCUCAUGGCCUCGAAUCUGCAAGCCGGUCGCCGUUUGAUGGUUCUCAACAAGGUAAUUGGUUAAAUUGUUGAAGAAACCAAAUAUCGUAGGAAAAAAAAAACGAAAAAAAAAGCGAGGAAAUGAUGAGAAGCGGAUGAAAGAGGACUAUGAAAAAAGCUUUUAAAAUUUCCAUUGACUCUACCGUUUUGUAUUUUUUAAAUUAACCUAUUGCACAUUUUUGUUCAGGAAUGAACAAUGCAUGGAGUUAGCUACUUAGAAAUAAUAAAUAAAAAAAUAAUUUGAAUAGGAAAAUGCAAGAUAUUUUUUUCCGUUGUAAUUACGAAAAAGAUUCCAUUUAAGAAAGAGUUUGUAUCCACGUUCACUGGGACAGCAGAAAAAAAUAUAAAUUAAGAUCCGAAAAUAAAUUUUCCGGCUUUUGAAACUCGAAAAAUUAUAUUUUUACGAGAAUUUUCUGAAUGUUUUCUCCACUUUUUUUUCAAAACUUUUUUAAAAGUAACUUUUAUCAUGUUAGGGCGGUCAACGGGCUUGGAUCAAAACCACCGAGGAAGAUUUAAUCGACGCGAUGUUCAUUCGAGGGAAUCGCAGUCCAGAAAGGUAAGUUAGUAAAAAGCUUCACAUAAUCUACAUAUUGGUUUUCACCAUGACUAUAAGAAAUUAUCGUAGAUACUGGGAUGUGUAAAAGGGAAAAUUCCAGAAGCCAGACCUUAGUGAUAACUUGCGAGGGAAACGCUGGAUUUUACGAGAUCGGCAUCGCCAAUACACCUGCAGAACUCGGCUACUCGGUUUGUCAUUCCCUUUUUCUACAAAACGGAUUUUUUGUGUAAACUCUGUCCUUGUAAAGAAAUUUUUUGAAAAGACAAUCCCUUCUAAAAUUAAAAAUAAGGAAAAUAAAUCAACACCAAGAGUAAGUUACACAGAUUGUUUGAACAUUCGAAAAAUCCUUUAUGAUGACUUGAAAAAGAAAACUAUCACUCCUCAAAAAAGAUGGGAUAUAACGUUGGAUUUAUCUCAUUUCUUGGUUAGAUAUGUCUUUUUAAGGUUUUGGGAUGGAAUCAGCCGGGUUUCGGCGAAAGUUCAGGCCUCCCACAUGUUCGAAACACUUUAGCCGCUGCCGAGGCCAUUAUGCAGGUGGAAUUGCGCUCCUCCGCUCUGUUGUUUUCGAAAUGUGUUUUUACAGUAUGCCAAGUCUCUGGGUUUUAAAGAGGAGAAUAUUGUCCUUUUUGGUUGGUCCAUCGGAGGUUUUCCGGUUUCUUGGCUGGCUGCCAAUUAUCCUAGUGAGUUUAUUUUCAUGAAUCUCACAAUCUCAUUUUUCAUUUGAUGAUGAAAUGAUUAAAGAUCGCUUUGUGAUGUUUCGCGUAUUAAUUGGAUAGUUAUUCAGAAUUGAAGUUAAUUUUGUUUUGAAUUCAAUUUAGUGUGAUCUAAAGAGUUGAAUUUUUGAAACCUAAAUUUUAUUUUGAAGAUAUUCGCGGUGUUAUUCUGGACGCAACCUUUGAUGAUGUCCUUCCCCUGGCCGCUUCUCGAAUGCCCAGGGUUUCCCAAUCUAAUUAUUUCUAAAACUAUCUUUUUUUUCUAGUUCCUCGGCUCGAUUGUCGAAUAUGCUAUCAGAACUCAUGCCAAUCUCCAAAUCGAAAAGAUUGUACGUUUUCUGCCCUUUUUUCAAAGUUUAACCGGUCCCCUUUUCCAGCUAGCACGCUACAAGGGCCCCCUGAAGCUGAUCCGACGUCUUCAAGAAGAGAUCCUGAUCAUCGACGACGCGGACAGCACCGAGGCCACUCGAAGGGCCACCAACAGGUUUGGAAAUGAAGAGAAUUGUCUUGAAUGUUGAGUUAUCCAUAGAGCGCACUUUCUGUUGAUAAAAUAGCUCUUUCACAAAAAUUCGAAAUUUUUCUACACGAAAAAAUUGAACUGUUGCUUGAAUGGUUCUUUGAAUUAUUUUAGCUGCAAAUUUCUUUUUCACAAGUUUUUCAGUUUUAUUUAGAAACACCAUUAGAAUAAAAUUUUUUUCAAAUUUUUGCUUAUAAACAAAUAGUUUGUGGUCUGUCUAGUAUGAGGAAUAUUUUGAAAACUUUCGAAAUUUUUCUAGUUUAAUUUUUUUCUACCCAACGUUUUUUCAAGACUAAGAUUCAAUCACAAUGAGUUGGAAUUCUGGCAAGAAACUUUGAUUUCAAUCCAAAAAACAGUUUUUUUCAGUCUUUUUAAAAUAUACGAAUUGACGUGCCUUUUCAAAAAAAAAAGUUGCAAAAGGCCUUUUAGAAACACUGCGUUUGGUCAUUGUUUUGCAUUCUUGGAAAAUUUUCAGUUUAAGAAUAUUUGAAUCUUUCAUUCAGAGGAAAUUUCUUGCUGAAGUCGGUGCUGAAGUCGCGACACCCCGAGCUGUACGAAGGACUCGAGCCGCAGGUUCGAAGGAAUAUCCUCUCCACAGUAACCCAGGAGACCCAGGUGGACCGCUGGCUGGCCCUUAGUCCGACGGAGCGACUGAUGGCGGCAGGUCCCAGCGAGUCUGAAGUUGCGCGACGACGACGUCGCCUCUACGCCGCCUGCGAUCACUAUUUCAUCGACUUCGACUCAAACCACGUUUCUCCGUUAGAUCCUGGAUACUUCAACAUUCCCGAACUCAUCAAAGAGUUCUAG